CUGCAAUCUCAUGAGAUCAGUUUUUUUAUCCUUUGCCCUUUUCUUUUUUUCUUACGAACGACGCUUGCCUAUUGUAGAUCCGAACGCUCUUCAUAUAUCGCUUCUCUUUUCCCCAUUCUCCCGACCCUCUUGUGCGAUUUUUCUGCUUGCUUUUCGAGGAGGAUAGAAGGAAUGUGGCCAGUGUAACAGAUGAAAAAAUUGCUUGAUUUUAAAUAGUUGUUUCUCUAUGUAGUGAUUGUAAUUGGGCACUAGAGGCUGUGGGAAAUUGGGAGCAAUGAUGAACUUUAGAUCAAUUAGAAGCUACCAGGUUUCGCUUCUCCUCUCUCCCGUUAUUUCUUUCUGGGAAUGCAGUGUGCGCAAAAUGAGGUAUUCAUUCAGACCUGAGUGGGUGUAGGCGCAAAUUCUAUAUAUCUAGUGUUUUUCUUAUUACCAAAUUUUUCAUUUUGUUCAGUGUUAAAUAACAAGCUUCCAAAGGAAAGGAAUAUAUAGUUUUUAUUACAUAAUGUAUACAUCUUAGGAAAGUUUUCUAGCGAAACUGAAAAGGAAUUUCGGGAAAAAAGAACUUGAGUAGAUAGGAGUGUGCAGUAUUAGUGUCGAGCACGUGCAAGGGUUACUAUGGAUGGUGGUGGUGGUAAAGCAAUGGGUUCUGGAGUUAAGAAACCCAAGAAGAAGCAAGUGAAGGAUGAGCUCGAUCGGAUCAAGCAGGCCGAGAAGAAGAAGAGACGGCUGGAGAAGGCUCUGGCCACUUCUGCUGCUAUAAUUUCUGAACUGGAGAAAAAGAAGCAGAAGAAGAAAGAAGAACAGGAGAGGCUUGACGAAGAAGGAGCUGCCAUAGCUGAAUCAGUUGCGCUGCAUGUCCUGCGUGGUGAAGACUCAGACGAUUCAACUAAAUUAGUGCUGAAGAAGAAUGAAGGGCCGACCACAUGGGAUUAUGCCGGCGAAGUUGUGAGAGGACGAACGGCUCUGCUCCCUCGUCAAGAUCCGCCAAAGUAUUCGCUCCCAAACGCUGGAUGGGUUACUGAAGCUCAUAAGUAUGAAUUUAUGCGCAACCAGUGUGGAAAUUCUGGAAUGACAGCCCCCCCUGAUCGUAUGUACUCUCAGUAUUUCGGCGUUAGGGGUUGGAGCCCGUUGGGGUUGUCUGCAGAUCAUCUUGCCGCACAGGCUGUUUCGUCUCUGAGAAUUGCUGAUGAUGCUCGGGUGGAUGCUUUUGCGUUCAACCGUGUGCUGAAAGGGUAGCCGGCCGGUAAUGUAUCUCGACCUUCCUACCUACCUGCCACGAAGUGUUUUGAGUGACGCCUUUGCUAGGUUGUUGUGUAUAUAAUGUAUGGUAUGGUACGGUAUCGUAUCGAAUGUUUAACUACUGAGCGAGCUCCUACCCUUUCCUGUUUUUGGCUACUACCAGGCUUGUGUUGUUUUGUGUGUUCUAUGCUCUGCUGUUAUCUUUUGUCGAACCUUGACUUACAUUUUGGUGGUGUUGAUUUUUAGUGUUUGUUUGUU